UUCAAAUUGUCCUUUUAACUUCUAUAUAAGGAAGCUGAUUACAACAAGAAACCAAAUAAAGAAGAAAUAAAAAGGUGAAAGAAACUACUUUGUGCAAAAGCUACAACAACAACCAAAAUGGAUCACGAAAAGCCAGCAGCUUGUGUCCUUGAUGCAUCAACCUAUGUGGGUUUUUGGAUUCUCAAAGGACUGUUGAAUAGAGGGUACACAGUUCAUGCAGCUAUUCAGAUGAAGGAGACAGAUAUAGUGAAGAAAAUUAAGGAAAUGGAAAGAGUGGAGGAGAGAUUAUCAGUUUUUAGUGUGGAUAUUCUGGAUUACCAUAGCAUUCUUGUUGCUUUGAAGGGUUGCUCUGCUUUGUUCUGUUGUUUAGACUGUCCAGAUGGUUAUGAUGAUCUAAUUGUGGAUUUGGAAGUGAGGGGAGCAAUCAAUGUAGUUGAGGCCUGCGCACAAACAGAUAGCAUGCAGAAAAUUGUAUUCACUUCUUCCUUAACUGCAGCUAUUUGGAGAGAAAACAUUUGUUCACAGACAGAUGUAGAUGAGAGGUUUUGGAGUGAUCAAGAUUUCUGCCGCAAAAUGAAGUUGUGGUAUGCCCUUGCUAAAACACUCUCCGAGCAGGCUGCCUGGGCUCUUGCCAUGGAUCGAAUGCUUAACAUGGUUUCUGUGAAUGCUGGACUAGUUGUUGGCCCUGCUGUUGCACAGCAAAAUCCUUGUUCAACCGUGUCCUAUCUUAAAGGAGCUGCUGAAAUGUUUGAAAACGGAGUUCUAGCUGUUGUGGAUGUGAAGUUUUUAGCUGACGUUCAUAUUCGAGCUUUCGAAGAUUCAUCUACCAUCGGACGAUACUUUUGCUUCAAUCAAAUAGUGCAUACUGAGGAAGAAGCUGUUAAACUUGUAGAAACCCUGAGCCCUUUGUUAUCUUCACAACCCAAAUAUGAAUGCCAAGGGAGCGAGGCCUAUGCUGAGAGGUUGAGAACCAAGAAAUUGAACAAAUUGGUUGAAGGCACUGCAUAAUUGUGAAACUUGAUUUUACCUUUUUUUCCUAUCGAUUAUAGCUUCUUAACUUUAUCAGAUGAUGUGUGUAUAUAUAUAUAUGUUCUUAUUGGGAAAGAUGUGCUGAUUUUUCUCAUCAGCAUUUUUAGUGAAUUGGCCGAAUGGUAAGGAACUCCUUGGUAUAA